UCUUCGGAGACGAGACGACAGCGAGCGCGAGCAGCAGCGUCCCCCUCCGCCGGCAUCCCCCAAUUCUCUGCGGCCGCGCCUCUCCUCGUGCCGCCACGUGGCUCCCCCGCCGCUGCCCCAGCCCAGAUCGCUGCGCCGCUCACCGCCUCUUCUUCCCUGCCCUCGCCGCGGCUCCGGCCACAGUACUGUCCACAAAGCUGUAACAUUUCUCCAGUAACAAAGCGCCUUCAGUUUCUGCUUUGGUUUCGAGUAUGACAUACCAGUGAAUCCAGGGAGCCAUAUUUCUAUGGGAAGAGAAAAACUGCGCAAGCAACGUUCUGGUCGUCUGAUUGAAUCCCUCAAAAUGGAGAGGGUCAGGACUAUCCUGACUCAUAGAUAUCCAUAUCCACAUGAGCACUCGAGACAUCUCAUGAUUGCUGUAUUUGCUAUCUGGCUUUUCUUCGUUUCAUCGGAUAACUUGCAAACUCUUAUAAUGAAGUUGGAUAAGAAUUUCAAAUGGUGGUCGAUGUAUGCCUGUUUAAUUGGUUUCUUCUAUUUCUUCUCCUCACCUUUUAUUAGGAAGACCAUCAAACCAAGCUAUUCAAAUUUUAGUCGUUGGUAUAUUGCUUGGAUAUUCUUGGCAGCACUAUACCAUCUCCCCAGUUUUCAGUCAAUGGGGUUGGAUUUGCGGAUGAACCUUUCUCUUUUCCUCACCAUUUAUAUCUCCUCUCUAAUUUUCUUGAUCGUAUUCCAUGUCAUAUUUCUUGGCCUGUGGUAUUUGGGCCUUGUUUCUCGUAUGGCAAAGAAAAAGCCGGAGAUGCUUACUAUAAUUCAAAAUUGUGCAGUUAUUAGUAUAGCUUGUUGCGUACUUUACAGCCACUGUGGUAACAAAACUAUUUCAAGAGAUAAAUCUAUUGACCGUAGAACUGCUAGCUGGAUUGCAUUUUCUCUAUGGAAAAAGCAUGAUGACAAUUCACUGAUUUCAAAGCUGUUGCGUAUGCAUAAGUUUAAAGAGCAGAUUUGCUCAUCCUGGUUUGCACCAGUUGGCUCUGCUAGUGAUUACCCUCUUCUAUCUAAAUGGGCCAUUUAUGGAGAAUUAGCUUCUAAUGGAUCCGGAUAUUCCAAUGACAUUUCACCUGUCUACUCUUUAUGGGCUACAUUCAUUGGUCUUUACAUAGCCAAUUAUGUUGUCGAGCGGUCGACCGGAUGGGCUCUAACUCAUCCUUUGACAAUUUCGGAGUACGAGAAAUUGAAGAAACAGCUGAAACCAGAUUUAGAGGACAUGGUUCCUUGGUACUCUGGGACAUCAACUGAUUUAUUUAAAACUGUUUUUGAUCUCAUGGUAUCUGUGACUCUCUUUGUUGGUCGGUUUGACAUGCGUAUGAUGCAGGCUGCUAUGAACAAAACUCCAGAUGAAUCUAAGAGCAGUGACUUGUUCUAUGAUCAUCUUGAUGGAAAAGACGAACUCUGGUUUGAUUUCAUUGCAGAUACAGGCGAUGGUGGCAACUCAACUUAUGCUGUAGCACGGUUACUUGCACAACCUUCUUUAGCCAUAAAAUCUGAUGGUUCUAGGCAAACAUUUCCCCGUGGACAACUACUCCUUAUUGGUGGAGACCUAGCAUAUCCAAAUCCAUCCUCCUUUUCGUAUGAACGGCGUUUUUUCUGCCCUUUUGAAUAUGCCCUCCAGCCUCCUGCUUGGUAUAAACCUGAACACAUAGCAUUGGAGAAACCUGAACUUCCCCUUGGAGUUUCUGAGCUCAGGAAAUACCGUGGACCACAGUGUUUUAUGAUUCCUGGAAACCAUGAUUGGUUUGAUGGACUGCACACAUUCAUGAGGUAUAUCUGUCAUAAAAGUUGGCUGGGUGGGUGGUUUCUACCUCAGAAAAGGAGUUAUUUUGCAUUAAAGCUUCCUAAUGGGUGGUGGGUUUUUGGCCUUGACCAAGCUCUUCAUGGUGACAUUGAUGUCUACCAGUUCAAGUUUUUUGCAGAGUUAUGUCAACAGAAGGUUGGAGAAAGUGAUUCUGUAAUUCUUAUAACUCAUGAGCCCAAUUGGCUUCUUGAUUGGUACUGGGGUGAUAAAACUGGAACAAAUGUUGCAUAUCUAAUUCGUGAAUACCUUAGGGGAAGAUGCAAACUGCGGAUGGCUGGGGAUCUGCACCAUUAUAUGCGUCACUCUUGCAUUGAAUCGAAAGAACCAAUUCAUGUGCAACACUUACUUGUAAAUGGUUGUGGUGGGGCGUUCUUGCAUCCAACACAUGUCUUUGAGAAUUUCAGAGAAUUUUAUGGGAACAAAUAUGAGACGAAAGUUGCAUAUCCUUCUUAUGAUGAUUCUAGCAGGAUUGCACUUGGUAAUAUUUUGAAGUUCCGAAGAAAGAAUUGGCAGUUUGAUGUCAUUGGCGGUUUUGUAUACUUUGUUUUGGUUUUCUCGAUGUUCCCACAGUGUGACUCCUUCCGUAUCUUACAUGAAGACUCUUGGGGUGACCGUGUUAAUAGUUUCUUCACCGCAAUGUGGAAUGUUGUUUUUGAGAUUCUGGAGCAUUCCUAUGUAUCCCUGGCUGGUGUUGUUACUCUAUUGAUGGUAUCAUUUUUCUUCGUACCCACAAAACUAUCACGUAGAAGACGUGCCAUGCUUGGUUUUCUUCAUGCUGCUGCUCAUCUAACUUCAGCAGUGCUACUGAUGCUUCUUAUGGAAUUGGCUAUUGAGAUAUGCAUCCGCAAUAAUCUAUUGGCAACAUCAGGCUACCAUACCCUCUACGAGUGGUACCGCAAGGUCGAAAGUGAGCAUUUUCCUGAUCCUACAGGGCUUCGCACUCGUCUGGAACAAUGGACUUUUGGUCUUUACCCUGCAUGCAUUAAGUACCUUAUGUCUGCAUUUGACAUCCCUGAGGUUAUGGCAGUAACCCGGAGCACAAUCUGCAGAAAAGGAAUAGAGUCUCUUCCUCGAGGAGGAGCUAUCAUCUACUAUGUUUGUGUGUUCCUGUAUUUUUGGGUCUUGUCAACACCUGUUGUAUCGCUGGUGUUUGGGAGCUACUUGUACAUCUGCAUAAACUGGUUUCAUAUCCAUUUUGAUGAGGCCUUCUCCUCACUGCGCAUAGCCAAUUACAAGGCAUUUACACGGUUCCACAUCAAGAAGAAUGGAGAUCUUGAAGUUUUCACCCUGGCUGUCGACAAGGUGCCGAAAGAAUGGAUGCUGGAUCCAGACUGGGAUAUGGAACCAAAGGAGCCAUUCCAGAUGAGCUACAGCAGGAAAUUCCCUAGCAAGUGGAGAGCCGCCUCUGGCUCAGACCCAACCAAUGCGGUGCGGGUCGUCGACCACUUUGUCAUCUCUCGGACACCCCCAGAUCCCACAACCCCAAGAUCUUCUUCUACUUGAUGAAGUGUAGCAUAGCUUAAGGCCGUAAUUGUUGUAAUGUACAGUGUAGUCAUCUUGUUCUGCCUCCUUGUAUAAAUUGUACAGCAACACAAGAAGCCAGCGCACUCUGACAUAGCAUUAGAAGAAACAGGGUAAGAAACAAGAGAGAAAGGCAAGGGAUGGGGAGGAAUCUCUGCUUGUAACGCUACAUAUCUUUUGCUCAAUGAAACAGACAAACAGUGAUGACUAUUGGUUCAGUAUUGUUCA